UGGCAACAGCUGAACGAGCGAUAAUAAGCGUCUCCCCUCUCUUUUUCUCUCUAUAUAUUUUGUUCGUUUAACUUUUGAUCGAAUAUACACAUCACAACUCUUGCUUUGUUAGCGUUGUUGACUUGCUACUACUUGAAAUGAUGAAGUGUGCCCUGCUGCUCCUAGUGAUGGUUGUGGUUGCGAACGGGCAGGGGCAAGGGAUGGGACAGGGACAGGGACAUGGGCAAGGACAAGGACAAGGACAAGGACAAAUGCAGGGACAUGGGAUGGGACAUGGGAUGGGACAUGGGAUGGGACAUGGGAUGGGACAGGGACAGGGACAUGGGCAGGGACAUGGGCACAACCCACGACAGUGUGUUUCAGAAGGAUUGCCUUGCUACCCUGGCGCCAUGUUCUCUUUUACUCCUCAAACGGCUUGUUGUCCGGGUUUGCGAUGCCUAUUAUACCAAGAUCAACUGAUGGAUUUAGAAACAUGGAUGUGUAUGCUGUUUCGUCCAAUUCCUGCACGCUAACAAGUUGUAAAAUGUUGAGCUAACAUGGAUUUGAUAUUUUGACUUGUAACAAAUCCAUUCCAUAUGAGGGUGUCAUAUUCUCUCUCCUUACGGUGAAUAAAACGAUGACUGUAUUCUU